AUGACACACCAUUUUUAUUUCAACUGCCCGGUCGGCCCCUGCUACGUCGAGGCUUCCAAAGGAGGAGCGGCGCCAGAUGAUGAUUGCUACGUGUCGUAUUUUGUGUUCUGGGGCGGUGAGAAAGAGAGCGCCCCAAAGGAUGUCCGCUUCUCAAUCGUUGUUGAGGCUGUGAGCGGCGGUUGCCACGAGCAUCUAAACGCCUUGCUCGGGACGUGCGUGCCCAGUGGCUCGUUCGCAGAGGGCUGGGGCGAAGACAAGGCUCUGAAAUGGAGGCCGCUGCGCAAUGCGGUCAUUGGCGGGGCCAGGCUGCAGGCCAGCAUCGCUCUUACGACGGCGAGCGACCCAGCCAGCACCGACACCCGCUUGCGGAUCGGGCCUCCGCCGGGCGCGACCCUGCUCGGCGACAGCCUGCUGGGCGGCCCGUUCUGCGACGUGGCCGUGCGCGCCGGCGGCCGCCAGUGGCGGGCCCACAGGGUGGUGCUGGCCGCGGCGUCGCCGGCGCUGCUGGGCAUGCUGGGAGGUGAAAUGCUCGAGGCCCAGGCAGCAGCUGUGGAAUUCAAAGAGGCAGACGAGCAGGUGGUGGAGCUGCUGUUACGGCACAUUUAUGGCGAGGCGAUCGAGGUGCCCCUUGAGCUGCUGCCGGCCCUGUACGGCCUGGCUGACCAGUAUCAGCUGCGCUCCAGCCUCUGCAUGGAGGCGCGGCUGCUGCUGAGCACAGUCAGCGUGCAGCCGGCUGCGCUGGCGCGGCUGCUACCUGCGGUACACCACCUGUGCUGCGCUGCGUUUGACGCCAGCUGGUGCGACCAAGCGGCGGAGGCGCUCCCAAAGCUGCAGCCUUGUGAAUACAGCGCUUGGCCGCUUGAUGUUUUCGCGGAUGUGAGCAGAGAGGCACGCCCGCUGCCUGACGUGCUGACGGCAGCAAACGCCUGGGUGGAGGGGCAGGACGCCCCUGGCGCUGCUGCAGCAGAGGUGUGGGACCGCCUGCUGGACGCCGUCGAUUGGGCAGCCGCGACACGCGACGACCUGCGCGCUGUGCAGCAGCGGUUGGGCAGCAGCGGGAUCCCUGGGCUGCACGCCAAGCUGUAUGAGGCGCUCGACGCGCUGUACAUCAAGAUGCAUGGAUGA